ACUAGGGCGAUAGUUUCGCAGUGACAAAGUAACAAACGCGACCCUGACGGAACAAACUAGACAUCAUCCAGCUGCCAAGCGCAACCGCUGACUGGCCAACUCUUCGCGAAAGGGAAAGGAAUGCUUAGGAGUUUAUAGUAAUUAGCCACAGUCGUGAAUCAGUUGGAAAGAAGAAAAGAAACUUCAAUUGGAGUGGUUUCUCGACUCCCAUUUCUUCUUUUCAUAAAUUUUCCCGGUCUUAAUGGCAGCAAGGAUCCUAUUCGUCUGCUCUUUGCUGGCGGCGUCUAGCUGGGGCAAUGAGUUUUUAAUGAAAAGAGAUGUGGGACCAGUUGAAUUAUUAUGGGGUGUACCCGAUAAGGCGGCUUAUGUUGGCAAACUGUUUGAACUUUUAAUACCCAAGGAUGCUUUUAAAGGAGACGUCUUAAGAUAUGAGGUAAAUCAUUCGUUUUUUUCUUAUAAUGGGUAAUAAAAGUUGUUUACAUUAAGUUAGUUCCUACUUAGGAGACUAGAAGAGAACUGCUUCAAGUGUUUUUUUUUCCUUUAUUUGAAUCGUUGAAGGUGUCUGAAAAAGAUGCCCAAAAUGCUAAGCCCUCCGGCUUGAUAAGAGGUAGUGGGUGGUGAUAGAUGAAUUUCGUUUCUUUUUCUCUUUAUCCUUCUAUAGCUUUUUUCCGAUUGAAAGAUGAUGCCGAUAUUACUUGAGGCAGUUUAUAUUUGAAAUAAUACGCCUUCUAUUUCAAUACUAAGGGAAUUGUUUAACAUUUAGACCUUUUAGUUCCCUUUGUAUUUUGAAAUGUUUAUAAAUAUUAUUUUUCUUGAAGGCCGCCGGCGACGCAGGACCUUUUUGUUUAAAUAACUGAGAAUGAAAGACGUCUUUCUAUACUAGAUUUAAACUAAUUCUACGAUACCAAAUAAAAAUUUAUUAGGUAUCGUGUUCUAAUGUUAAAAGUGAACAAACACGAGAAAAUUUGCCCUUCUUGCCUUACGCUCCCUUCACUUUACAUUGCAGGGCGGCUUUUUUUUUGACCGAGACUAAUCCCCACAACGGCUUUCUCGCUCUAAUUAUGUUUACGCUGGCCCGAGUAGUUUAUUCGUUCGUGCUACGAGCUUACGAUUCUGUAAUGGCUUUAGUAGUUGCACAGUAAAUUUUGCCUCUUUCUCUUUUCGUUCGCCCAGCAAACAAAACGUGCUGGGGCGUUUCCCAUCUUCUAAUACAACCGACAUGAUUUAAUCUAGCCAACAACUCCCCUUAGGACGAUCUUCGAUUUUAUCUGGAAGCGGUUUUAUAUUGUUGACCAUAUAUUAAUUAAAUCUCUAAUUAAUUUUAGUUCGGUUCCGAUUUUUGACUUAUUUUUUAUGUAUUUCGAAAGGAUAACAUUUUAAAAAACCAUUUCCAACUUUGUUCAUAAAAAAGUUAAGUAACCUUGAAGAAAAUUGACAAACGUCUAGUCCUUUCUCAGUCUAUUUUCAUAUAUGUAUAUAUUAAUCAUAAGUCUAUUUAAUUUCUUCUAUACUCAAAAUCUAGAAAUAUCAAAUCUAAUUUAUUUAGCUAUUCACAAAAGAGGUACUUCAAAAGAUUUUACUCAUAGAAAAACAUGAGAAAUAUAGAGAGAAUUGUAUCAUUUGAUGAUUGAAAUAUCUCCGCCUGAUAAAGCACAUAAUCACGGAAGACUAUCUGUCGGUUAAUUAACGUUCGUUGAGAGUUUUCGAAAUAUAUUUAACUGAACUUUAUUGACUAUACGUCAAAUAAUAUAAAACUCAUUUAUUUCCACUUCAGUUUCGUUCCGCUGAAAAUUCCACUUCCCCUCUUGCGGGAUGGUUAAAGUACAAUGCUACCUCGAAAAUUUUGCAAGGCGUUCCGCAAUUAACAGACACCCGUCAACAUUUCGUCCAUGUAAAUGCUCACGGGUCGUCAUCAAAAGCUCAUGACGUCUUUACGAUAGCCGUCCUUCAACCCGAAACCGAUUGUCCUGAAAUAUCUACAAUGGUUAAAAUUGUAUUAGAUGCUGUUGAGAAAGAAGUGGUCUCGAACGACUACCUUUUAAUAAAGAAAUUAGCUCACCAUUUGAAUAUCUCCACUGGAGAUGUUUCUUUAUUGAGAAGAGACGAUUCUGAAUUACUGGGCGAGUCCUUAAUUUCCGGACCAGGAAACGUUUUCUCAUUGGACGCCGGCAAAGGAACCGCUCUAUCCUGGGGUGUCGGAUGUGGGAAAGUUCGUGCAAAGCACGUAAAAUAUUUGGAAAGCUUAGGAGAGCUAGCAAAAAAUGGUACUCUAGCUAAAAUACUCGGUAGAAAUAUCCGAGGUUGGUCCGUAAAUAAUGUUAAGGUUGUGAAAUCAAAAAGGAGGAGGAGAGAAAUUAGACACAAUAAUAAAAAUGGUAAUAUUGUAUCUUCUAAAAAUAAUGAAGAAAUCGAAGGAUCGGGCCCUGAAUGGCCAACUACGAGUCCAUCAAUAAUUACUACUUCUGGCUCAGCAAGUACUCACAAAUGCCGACAUCACCAUUGCGAUCACACAAGAAAAACUACAUUGGGCACUACAGUAUCUGUUGAAGAUAUCGAUCUUAUUAGGCCUACAGCGGUUGUUACCGAAGAGGAAAUGUCAUCUAGUGUUGUACUAGAGAGUGUUGCCCCGAUUUCUACAGAAAAGCCAAGUUCCACUACACAGAAGACAACAACGCCUUUCAAUAAUAACCCAGUUCUUGGUCCUGAUUUUAACAAAUUUGAUUUACCGUAUGCCAUGCCUGGAAAGGUGUUUCGUUAUCUCAUACCAGAAAACGCAUUCUCUGAUAUCGAAGAGGGAACUACUAGAAAUUUACAGCUAGUGUUGAAAAGUGCAGAUCACUGGGAAAUAGACCCGAUCCACUGGUUACAAUUAGAUGAAGAAAAUCAAACUCUUUGGGGUAUGCCUACGGAAGAUGAUCAUGCUAAGAUCGGGUAUAUAUUGUCGGCUGUUGAUAAGGGUGGGAAAGUAGCACAUGCUACAUUUUUUGUUAAUAUUGAAAAGGCUCCUCGAGAAGAAUAUACAACUCACGAAUUUUCUAUUGUUAUCGAUUAUAAUUUUGAAGAUUUUAGAUUGGGAGGCAGUCGAAAUCGAGUUGAAUUGGCAGAGAAAAUAAGUAAAUAUUUACAUCCAAAAGAACGAGAGAAUACAGUUCGAAUGUUGCAAAUUCGUAGAGGCUCUGUUCUUUUCACCUGGAGGGAUAGUUCCAUCGAUGGUUCCAUAGCUGAAAUGUCGAAGCGUACGUCCUGUCCUGUCCGCCGUAUUAAGAGAAAUAUUUUAAAAAUGGUUGACUGCGAACCUGGCAUGAUAAAUUGUGUUGUUAGGAAGGAUUUUUUGAGAGCAAUGAGACCGUGGGAUAUUAAGUUAUUCUCAUUUCAAGCUGUUGGAAAAUGUUCUCUUGGGUAUGAUUUAAAGCCGUUAGAAGUUGCUGUAGUAAAAGAUAAGAUUGAAAAAACAAAACCACCUCGUCCCGCUGCCACUGAAACAACUUUGACAAUUAUAAUAGCAUCAAGUUUGAUAGCGUUUGUUCUGCUGUUUGGAGCAAUUGUUGCUUGUAUCCUUUACAGAGCUAAAAGGAAAGGUAAAAUGAGUGUAACCGAUAAACAAACGUUCGUGAGUAAAGGUAUACCGGUCAUUUUUGCUGACGAACUUGACGAUAACCCACAAUCAGUAACAAAACCUCUGAUUUUGGCCAACGAAAAACCACCAGAAACUGAUCCUGAUCAGGGUAGAUAUAUGCGUCCAUCAACAUUUAGCAGUGGAACUUCAUCAUUUGGUCAAAGGCCUUCACCACCUGCUCCAAGUCGUCAACCACCUCCCUACGUACCACCUUAAGAGAAAAAAAAAAACACCAAGAAAAUUCUAAGAAAAUGAUUUUAGGAAGGAAGAGAAAUGAAGAAAAAGAGGCAAAUAAACCUCUUUGAUUUUUUUUCCUUAUUAAAUUUAUUUUAAAAAUUCGUCCCUUUUACAACAGUCUAUAGAAAUGUUAUAUCUUAUAUAUAUAUACAGUAUAUAUAGCUUAUACAUUUUUUGAGGCAUUUAUUCAGGCGUUAUAUUAAGUUUUAGAGAGAUUAGGCCUAUGUUAGGAACAGAAUUACUUUUGUUUUUUCUUUUUUUUAUUUUUGGUGCUGACAGUGUACGUAACAGUCGUGUUCAAGUGUUUGUUCUUUUUUUAUAAAACACGAUUAUGCGAUUAGUCACGAAGAAUGUUAUUAUCAUUACAAAAGCAUAAUAUACACUUUAAU